GCGUCGCUACGCAUUUAAAACACUCAAGAGCUCUUCGGCUUUCACGAAAACAUCGCCAGUCAAAGAUAAGUAAACCGGAUUUAAACCAAGAGGAGAAAAACAAGAACUAUUUAUUUUUGUAUUACUUAUAAUUUUUAAGUACCGGUAAUAGAUUUUUUCCCUUUAGAACAUCUGUACGCACAAAAGAGUCGGACUCGGGUUUGAAUAAUCUUUUUGGAUCGCCAGCUGUACAACCCAGUAAUCUGACAUGGAGUUUCCUGAUUUGGGAGAGCACUGCUCUGAGAAAACCUGCAAACGCCUGGACUUCCUUCCCAUGAGAUGUGAUGCCUGUCAAGACAUUUUUUGCAAAGAUCACAUAACCUAUGCAAACCACAAAUGUACAUCUGCUUACAAAAAGGAUGUGCAGGUCCCAGUUUGCCCGUUAUGUAACAUCCCCAUCCCAGUUAAAAGAGGAGAGAUGCCUGACAUUAAAGUCGGUGAACACAUCGAUCGAGACUGCAAGUCAGACCCAGCACAAAGAAAGAGAAAGAUUUUCACAAAUAAAUGUUCUAAAGGAGGCUGUAAGCAGAAAGAAAUGAUUCGAGUGACAUGCGAUCAGUGUCAUUUAAAUUACUGUCUUAAACAUCGACAUCCACUGGAUCAUGAUUGUAAAACGGAUGGAAAGCCUUUGUCCAAAUCUGGACACGCUGCGGUGACGAGAGCCCAAGUUGCUUCAUCUUCUGCCUCUGGACAUUCAAGACCUGUUUCCAACGGUGUGAGCACAAACUCUAGAGCUCAAAAUCCUGCCCCUCCGCAGCGCAUUCCUACUUCUGUUUCAGCACAGAAUGUGAUCCCACCCUCAGCGUCUUUUCAAGCCGGCCUGUCAGAGGAGCAAGCUUUACAAAGAGCUCUGGAGUUGUCUAUGGCUGAUUCGAGGCAGGCGGUGCAGCCGGCGCUGAGUCCUCAGGAGCAGGAGGAUCUGGCGCUCGCUCAGGCGCUCGCUGCCAGCGAAGAAGAAUACAGACGCCAGCAGCAGAGACAACAGGUACCCGGCAAGCUUAGGCAUCAGUAGGAUGCUGAUGAGAGCACAUGGUCGAGACUCCAAACAGUCCACCUGCAGCCUUUCUUAAUCUCAGAGCACCGGUUAGACUUUGAUCUGCGCUAAUUAUUUCCGAGAAGCUGCUCAUGCAAGGUGCUAAAAGCAGGAUCCGCGAUUGUUCCAUGAAGAAAUACUCGGCUGCAAGCUGCUGAAAUCCGACCGCCUUCUACAUAUAAGCACACACACUUUCUGUCAUUUUUAUCAAUGAUUUGCCUGUAAAUAUUUUAUAUGCCGAUCAAUAUUAAUGCAUUCUAUUGCUACAUAUUAUUAAAUAAAUUAUAGAUGCAAUUAAA